GUAAUGCACUAACCACUUCAGAUUUAAGUUUUCAAUAGAUUCCUUGACGUUAUUUUCUAUGUAUAAAUAGAGGAGUAAAUUAGGUUUACUCCAAUUGGUGGUUUCUGUUCCUCAGUUAAAUCAACAUGAAAACUUUAAUUGUUUUUGCUGCUGUUAUUUUGGCUGCUAGUGCUCUGUCUCUUCACGAGCAGUGGGGUAACUUUAAGGUCAAGCAUGGAAAAGUUUACAAAAACAUUGCCGAAGAGAUAGUUCGCUUUGAAAUUUUCCAACAAAACUUGAAGACAAUCGAAGAACACAAUGCCAAAUACGAAGCCGGUUUGUCUGGCUUCUGGAUGGGAGUGAACAAAUUCUCUGACAUGACAAGCGAUGAAUUCCAAGCCAUGAUGAACAAACAAAUUGCCAGCAAACCAAAAUUCGAAGGCGAACUACACGUUCAGGAGAAUGUUUCCGUUCCAUCAGGAGUGGAUUGGAGGAAGGAAGGUGCAGUUCUAGAAGUCAAAGAUCAGGGUGAAUGCGGAUCCUGCUGGGCAUUCAGUACGACCGGAGCUCUUGAAGGUCAAAACGCCAUUAAAAAUGGAAAAAAAAUCAGUUUGAGCGAACAACAAUUGUUAGAUUGUUCUGGAAGCUACGGCAACGGUGAUUGCGACACCGGUGGUAGCAUGGAAGCUGCAUUCAAAUACGUCAAAGACAACGGAAUAGAAAGUGAGGAAGACUACCCAUACCAAGAAACGCAGUUGAGGUGCAAGGCUUCCAGUGACAAGACCGUUUUGACAAUCAGUCAAUUCUCGAAUGUGGAACCUUCUACAGAAUCUUUGAGACAGGCUGUUGGCUCUAUUGGACCGAUUUCUGUUGCCAUUUAUGCUGGUUAUAGUCUGCAACAUUACCAAGGUGGAAUUUUGGAUGACUCAUGUAAUGGACAACUAAACCAUGGAGUACUAGCCGUUGGUUACGGCGAAAGCCCACAACCCUACUGGAUUGUAAAGAACUCAUGGGGUCAAGAUUGGGGAGAAGAAGGUUUCUUCAGACUCGCCAGAAGGGACAACCUCUGUGGUAUUUCCGAUGACGCUUCUUAUCCUGAUGUGUUGUAUAAUUAAUAUGUAUACAACUAUCUUGUCAUUAUUUUAACUGCAAUUAUCCUGUCAUUAUAUUAAUUGUUAAAUAGACAAAAUUAGAACAAACUUUCAAAAUUAAAAAAUA